UAUUUUCGUUGCGAGAAGCCGGCGGUGGUGGUGGUGGUGCUGGUGCGACGCGCUUUGACUGCAAGCUGCAGGGAAUGGUUUGAGGCGGAAAAUCUCGCUCCGUCGUCUCCCGUUAGCGUCGAGACAUCAUGGAUUGCAAAUUUGUAUGACUGCCAAUAAUGACUUCACAGCUGACAUUUGAAACCUGAAACAACAAUUGAAACAUCACAGAAAUACAGCAUUUUUCAGUGAAGAUAAGAUGGCGAAUGUAAUUCCUCCCGUGAAGCUGAAGUGGCUGGAACAUCUCAAUGGCUCUUGGGUACUUGAAGACAGCGAGUCCAUCACCACACGAGAAGGGGCAUCUGCCCUUUAUGACCGACUCUUAGCUAAUAAGGAAGUUGUUGCGCUACCACAACAGGUGAUGAGGUUGAAAGGCCCCCAACUGCCAGACUUUGAGCGGGAGUCGCUGUCGAGUGAAGAGCAGGAGCACUACCUGGGAGCACUGCUUGCCAGCCAACUGGCCCUCGCCAAGACUGUAUGCUCAGACUCGCCCUUCGCCGCCACCCUGCGGCAGCGCCUCCUCGUACUGCAACGCAUCUUCUAUGCGCUCGCCAGCAAGUACCACGACCGGGGACGUGCCCGCCAGCAACAAGCGUCUGCUCCGGAGGGUGGCUCGGGCCCCGGUGAUGCAGGGAGUGCAAGCGAGAGACAACGAUCGGGAACGGACGCGCUCAUCGAGAUGGGAGUGAAGACGGGCCUCAGUCUGCUGUUUGCGUUGCUGCGUCAGAGUUGGCACUUGCCUUCCCAGGCACCAGUCGCACUGCCAGGUCCAAACCCAAGUUUGUGCAAUGAUGUGCUAAGCACAGCAGUAGAGGUACUAGGGUCUCUACCACCCCUCUCCCUGGCCAAUGAGAGCAAGCUCCCACCUAUGGGGCUAGAUUGCCUGGCUCAGGUGACUGCCUUUCUCAAGGGAGUUACAAUGGCAUCGUCGGGCGCUGACGUGCUUGGCCGCCGCCUGGCCUGUGAACUGCUGUUGGGGCUGGCAGCCCAACGGGGCUCCCUGCGCUAUCUACUCGAGUGGAUUGAGAUGGCCUUGGCAGCCUCUGGAGGGAAAGUACCUGAUGUUGACUCAACUAUGGCUGCCACCACAACAGCUGCUACCACUUCCACAAUUACAGCUUCCACAGUCUCCUUGGAGCCUGCACAUCAAUCGAUGAGUCUGGAGGGCAUGAUUGGAUACGACUGCUUCAUGAGUGUGCUUACACAAAUGAGGCGCUCCAUGGGUACGUCCUCUGAGCACAACCAGUGGAGAGAGCCCAAACGGACCCCUGAUGGCCUCUGCUGUCUCUACCAGGCUGCAAUGUGUUUGUUUGAGGAGGUUUGCCAAAUGGCAUCGGACUACACGCGCUCCUGUGUGAAUGCGGACGGGGGGCAGACCGGUGACAGCCCCAUUGUGUCGGAGACCAGCGAGGUGUACGUGUGGGGCAGCAACAGCAGCCACCAGCUUGCUGAAGGAGCCCAGGAGAAAAUCUUGCAACCCAAGAUGGCAUCGGGCUUUGCCAAUGCACAAACGAUUGAAGCGGGUCAGUACUGCACAUUCGUCAUUGCAGUGGACGGGUCGGUGCGAGCCUGUGGAAAGGGCAGUUAUGGACGUUUGGGACUGGGUGACUCCAACAACCAGUCGACACUCAAGAAAUUAACCUUUGAGCCUCAGCGCGCCGUCAAGAAGAUCUCGUCAUCCAGAGGCUCUGAUGGUCAUACACUGGCUGUAACCAUGGAAGGAGAAGUGUUUAGCUGGGGUGAUGGUGACUAUGGAAAACUGGGCCAUGGCAACAGCUCAACGCAGAAGUACCCCAAGCUGAUCCAAGGGCCACUGCAGGGCAAGGUGGUGGUGUGCGUGUCUGCUGGCUACAGGCACAGUGCAUCUGUCACAGAGGAUGGGGAGCUGUACACAUGGGGAGAAGGGGACUUUGGCAGACUAGGUCAUGGAGACAGCAACAGCCGGAACAUCCCUACCCUGGUGAAGGACAUUAGUAACGUGGGGCAAGUCGCAUGCGGCAGCUCCCACACAAUUGCUGUGUCGCAAGAUGGGCGUAUUGUCUGGUCCUUUGGCGGAGGAGACAAUGGGAAACUUGGUCAUGGAGAUACAAACAGAGUGUACAAGCCGAAGGUCAUCGAAGCCUUGCAAGGGAUGUUUAUUCGCAAAGUUUGUGCGGGUAGCCAGUCGUCUCUCGCGCUGACAUCCACUGGCCAGCUCUAUGCAUGGGGUUGCGGGGCCUGCCUUGGCUGUGGCUCUUCAGAAGCAACUGCCUUGCGACCAAAGCUCAUUGAAGAUUUGGCAUGCACACGUAUUGUGGACAUCUCCUGUGGGGACAGCCACUGCCUGGCACUUACCCAUGAUAACGAAGUGUACGCAUGGGGUAACAACUCCAUGGGACAGUGCGGGCAAGGGCAUUCAACCAGCCCUGUGACCAAGCCCAAGAAGGUGAUGGGCAUGGAUGGGAUUUCUGUACAGCAGAUCUCAGCUGGCACCUCGCACAGCUUGGCAUGGACUGCUCUGCCAACAGACCGGCAAGUGGUGGCCUGGCACCGACCAUUUUGCGUGGACCUGGAGGAAAGCACCUUCUCACACCUGCGCUCCUUCUUGGAGCACUACUACGACCGCAUCAACAGCGAUGUUCCACCCACUCCUUUUCCUACAUCAAGAGAGCAUCACCACUUCGUACUGCUGUGCCUCAAGUUGCUGUCCACCCACCUGUCGCUGGCCAUGGCAGGUGGGGUGGCCACCAGUAUCUUGGGGCGGCAGGCAAGGCCCCUGCGUAACCUGCUGUUCCGACUCAUGGACUCCUCUGUGCCCGACUCCAUCCAGGAGGCAGUUAUUGAAACCCUGUCUGUGGGUGCCUCCAUGCUGCUGCCACCACUGCGAGAGAGGAUGGAGCUCUUGCACUCGCUGCUGCCACAGGGCCCUGACAGAUGGGAGAGUCUGUCCAAGGGACAGAGGAUGCAGCUGGAUAUAAUCUUGACAAGCUUGCAGGAUCACACUCAUGUGGCCUCACUCCUGGGUUACAGUGCUCCAGCAGACCCUAUUGAAGGCCCAUCACCUGGCCCUAGUCCCACAGAUACUGACCUUCCUCACACGGGUCAGCCCGACACUCACCUCGCGGAAGUGCUGAUGAAGACGCUGCUUCGCAAUAUGGGCUUCUACACGGAGCAAGCAUUUGGAGAGCUGGAGAAGAACAGUGACAAGCAGAAUGCCGAGAUGUCUCCUUCCGACAGCAACCCACCUGCCCAUCUCCAUGAGCUUCUGUCUUCCCUUCACAAGCAGCUGCUGGCCUACUGCCAUGUCAACAAUGUUGCCGAGACGUCCAGCAGCGUGGCCCUCCUGCACAAACAUCUGCAGCUGCUGCUUCCUCAUGCAGCAGAGAUCUUCGCACGCUCGGUGUCCCUGUUGAGGGAAACUCCCCGCAAUGGCAGUGUGAGGGACAAGUUGAGAGAUGUAUUAUAUAGCUCGGCAGCGGGAAGCAUGCUGUGCCAGAUUGUGAACUCGCUGCUGUUGCUCGCGGUGCCUGUGGUGCGGCCACUGCUGAGCCAUCUGUUGGAACUGCUGCCUCCACUGGACCGCCUCAAUCGCCUGCUGCCAGCUGCCCAUUUACUCGAGGAGCAAGAGCUGGAGUGGCCAAUGCAUGGUUCAUGUGAGCGGGUGGAGCCUGUAGGACCAUCUCUGGGUCAGCCAGCGCAAGUGUGGGUGUGGCUUGUAGACCUGGAGAGGACCAUCUCUCUGCUGGUGGGCCGGUGCCUCGGGGGCAUGCUGCAGGGUCCAUCAAACACCCCAGAGGAGCAGGACUGUGCACACUGGCUGUUCAGCCUGCUCUUCAGUAAUGGCCUGGAUAUGAACAUUGUGCAGUUUGACAAAUGCAUGAACUCUCUGACGGAGGCAGCACUUUCGGGCAAUGAGGAGCACAAGCCGUUUGAGUACAGGCUGUCAGCUGAUGUCUCCCUUCUCGUGGACCUGGCCCUUGGCUCCACCAAAGAACCAGCACGCAGCCUCUGGGUCAAAAUGCAAGACUACGCACUGAGCAGGGACUGGGACAGCUCCAACCUAAGCAGUGAACCUCUACUGGACACAGUGUCGAGGUUCGCUCUCGCUGCUUUCCUCAAGCACACUGGGCAGCUCAAGACUGCUUGCCAAGACAGGUUUCAGCCCAACCGACUGAUUUCAGAAGUCUUCUCCUGCGUUUACAAACUCCGCAAUCGACUCUUGGCUCAACGGAAUAUUGAGCUGAUUAAUCCGCGUUCCAGAGCAUCGGAAAGAUUGAAGCUGCUCUCGUACAAUUCAGAUGGUGGUGAGGACGAGGGCCAGGAUGGGCCCCUUGCUCAUACUCUGGAUGAAGAAACGGAGCUGGAGGAACGGCUGGAGCGCGAGCGUGAGCAUGAGCAGCGGGAAGGACAGGAGGAAGAAGAGGAAGAGAGGGACGACACUCUGACUCCUGGCAAAGUUUUUCAAUGUUUCCUAUCAGCACGGGAUGCGGCUCGAGAACGAGAACGCGAAAGGGAGUGGGAGAGGCUUGGCGGUGGAAGUUCAAAUUCCCCAGCGCUAGACGAGCAGUCCGAGGACCACAACCAACCGUCGGCGGGGCCGCAGUCAAGCCAAGCGACCAAGAGAAAGAGCUCGGGCGUUGGGUUUGAAGAGUUUGAUCUUUUCACGCUGGCAUGCAACACGGUUAUCCAGCGAUGCGCCUUGCUUAUUCUGGCGGUGAGCCCCGCUGUGAGGGACUGCCAAAGUAGAGAAGAAGACCUGCCCGGACAAGGUGGUUACAUUGGCAACCUAGGAGGACUUUCACCAGAGGACAUCGAUGCUCGUGGCAGGAGCAGUUCUCAGCCAGGCCGGGCCAGGAGAGAGUCUGAUUCUGAUGAUGAUGCAUAUACAAGGGAUUCUGAGCGUGCAUUUAGAGAAGAUUCUGAAAUUACUUCUAAAACUACUCAGCAGAGGCAUGAUUCUGAGAUCGCCUUGCAAGAGGCACGCAGGCAGCAGCAGCAACAACAGCAGCGUUACCUGGGCAGGGAUAAGGCAAUUGGUGCCCGGGGCCGCCCCUCGGAUGGCCAGACGCUGGUUGAGACCCUGUCUGGCUUCAUCACAGGAGACCUGGCUCAGUCACCUGGCCUUCGCGAGCCUGAAGAAGGCCGUUCCAGCAACCCACACCUACUGGCCAUCGCCAUGGAGCAGCAACAGACGCGAGCAGAGCUGCGUGUGGAGGCAUUGCACCAAAUCCUUACUCUGAUUGCUGGGAUGGAGGACAAGGAUUGCCAGCCAUCAGGGAGGAGUGAGCACGGUACCCCCAUGUCACCUGGUUUCCAAUCGGCUGCCCUGCUAACGUCUGUCCGCUUGCAAUUUCUUGCCGGCUGUUUCGGCCUGGGCGUGGUCACCUCAAACAGCCUGGAGGGAGACAGCGUACAGCUCCAUCACUACCAGGAUGGAAUUACAGCAGCGAAGAGACAUACUCAAACAUUAAUUCAGUCUCUGGUGCACAAGAUCUACCAGCAUCUCGCUGCUGUGCUGGAUCGUGGCUUGCAGACCAACCGGCAUCCAAUUGGUGCACAACAGCGUCUACAGCUCGUCACAGUGUUUGCACUGAGCAUGCGUUACCAGCCUGUGGAUGUGUCGCUGGCUGUGUCCACUGGACUUCUGGGCAUCCUGUCGGAGCUGUGCGGUACUGACAUGUCUCUGGGUCAGCCUUGGCUCCUCAUCCACAAGCCAGGCCUUUCUCAAAUUGGCACGGCGCUCAAGGUUGCCAGCACCAGACUGCUGCAGAUCCUGGCCAUCACCACAGGCACCUACGCAGACCGGCUGAAUCCCAAAGUGGUGCAGAUGUUGCUCGACCUGCUGUGUAGCCAGUUGAAAAAUCUCCUUACCCAAGCAGAGGGGGUGUUCACAUCUGGUGCUGACAAGGGGCAAGAAUGGGCAGCAGACACUGUUCAUAAUGUGCCUGUCGAAUCCUGCACACCCAAGAGCAUUCACACCGCCGAGAUACAGCUUGGGGACUUCCUGGUUUUUCUGCGGAGAGUCGUGUGCUCCAAGGCUAUUCAGUCCAAGAUGGCCUCGCCAAAAUGGACAGAAGUGCUCCUGAACAUCGCCGCUCAGAGGCGGCCCUCAGGGGUGCCCUUGGUGGGGAACCUCCGCACCAGGCUGCUGGCGCUGCACACGUUGGAGGCCGUCCUUCCCGCCUGCGAAUCGGUCAUCAACUCGGAGCUAAUGCAGCAGGUUGUGGAGCGGUUGUUCUCGCUGCUGGCAGACUGUAUGUGGGAGCUGCCACUGGCACUGUCAAAACAUCCAGCUGCCAGCAAGGACAGAGAGUCUGAGCUCAAACUGCUGCACAAACCCCGAGAGGUAAGCGGGGAGGAUGAAAACUUGCCAAUUCAAGAGGUCACUUUUGACCCUGAGAAGACCAUGUGCUGCACGGUGGAAAAUGGUACCGUGCUGGCUCACGGUAGCGGGGGCAAGGGUUACGGCCUAGCGUCCGCUGGAAUUUCCUCUGGCUGCUACCAAUGGAAGUUUCUCAUUGUUAAGGAGAACCGUGGAAAUGAGGGGACAUGCGUCGGGGUCUCCCGCUGGCCUGUUCGUGAUUUUAACCACCGCACUACUUCAGACAUGUGGCUGUACCGUGCAUACAGCGGCAACCUCUACCACAGCGGGGAACACACGCUCACCCUGCCCAGCUUCACACAGGGGGACCUCAUCACGUGUGUAAUGGACACAGAGGCUCGCACCAUCUCCUUUGGCAAGAAUGGAGAGGAGCCCAAGCUUGCAUUUGAGGAUGUGGAUGUGACUGAACUCUACCCAUGCAUCAUGUUUUACAGCAGUAACCCUGGUGAAAAGGUCAAGAUUUGUGAGAUGCAAAUGCGUGGGACCCCACGAGAUCUGCUGCCCGGUGACCCCACCUGUAGCCCAGGCCCUGUGGUUCUGUCCGAAGCCACGGUACAGCUGGUUCGAGUGCUGCACCGUACAGACCGCUGGACCCACUCCAUCAAUCGGCAUCUUACAGAGCGCUUGCAGCGAGUGCGGCCCUGCCUUGCAGCUACCACCUCCAGGGUUUGCAAAUCUCGGUCGGGCCGCACCCUCCCAAGGUCUGACUCGCAGUGCCGAGAAGAUGUUGAGGAAGGUGCCGAGCUGGAACAGGACGUGCUGGGGAAGGAGACCGAGUCGUCUGAUGAGCAGCAGCAGCAGCAGCAGCAUCCCAACCGCCAAUGCCGCUCCGGCCCCGGAGAGCUCUCGGAUGAGCAGCUUCGCACGCUGUGUGUGGAGGUGUGGCCCGUGCUCGCUGUGAUGGGUGGUGUGGACUGCGGCCUACGCCUCGGUGGCCGCUGCGUGCACAAGCUGACGGGACGUCACGCCACGCUGCUGGGUGUUCUCAAAGAAGGCAGUGCCUCUGCCAAGGUUCAGUGGGAGGAUGCGGAGGUCACAAUCAGUGUGCUGAAUUCUUGGUCACCCAGCGACACUCCUCUGGCCAAUCUGGAGCCCUGCGAGCCGGUUCCUUUUGAUGCCGGCCGCUUGCACGGUGUGUCUGCAUCCACGCUACUGGACCUCACUCACCUCACGGGAAUCCAAGAGGACUUGGGUCUUUCUGGCGGGAAAAGUGUAAAGGGCCCCUCAAGCGGUGGAAGAAGGUCCGAUCGGAGACCACCCCCCCGUAAGCAGGAAUCCCAGGAGAAAGCUGAGCUCGAUCAAACAUUGGAUGAGCAGCCAACGCAAACCUUGGUUGAAGAUGGGGGAGAGAGUGCAGAAGUGAAAGCUGCAGACCUGCAAACUGAUGGACAGCAGUUGGCCACCUCGGAAGCCACCAACGUACCAAUGGCCAAAUCUCCAGAAGCUGCUGCCAUUAGUACAUUUGAAGUACAUAAAAAGAAAUGUCAUGAUUCAUGCAAGAGCCAUGAGGCUGAGAUUCGUGCCGUGCAGAUUUCUUUUCUGUGCCUGGGUGCAAUGAAAGCAUUGAGUGUCCUGCUAAGCUGUGGUCGGUAUGCAGAGCUGCUGCUUGUUCCCAAGGCAUGCCCAGAUGGAGGGAACCACAAUGCAGACCGUGGUGGUAUGAGCCCCUCGGGAGGCCAGUCUGGGCACGAAGAGACUGAGCUGAGGGCUUCCCUGCAGGCGUUGAUGCGCAGUGUGGUGCGUCGUGCCGUGUCGCGAUCCCCAAUCAAGUGGGCCAUCUCACUGGGUGAGAUGGAGCGUGCUCAGUCUGUAAUCCACAAGCUGGCAGUUCGAGGAUUGUUGGAGGAGCGCUUGGGUUUCCGCAACAGACAAGAGUUUAAUGCAGAAGAUGGUGCUUCGGCUCCCAUGACUGGACAGACGCCAGUCACCACCAGCCCAUCCAGCUCCAGCACAACAUCCCUCAUGAGCAGCUCUCUGGAGGACACCACGACCGCCACCACACCCGUCACGGACACAGAAGCUGCUCUCAUUCCUGAAUUGCCAGGACCAAACAUGAUGCAGCAUGCUCGGAAUGCCGCGUUUCAGAGCUACCAGCUGCCCCUAGGUCCUCCGCACCCUGCCCGGCGUGCACAGACGCCGCCACCUCUCUCGCCUGCAACGGCCAGCUCUCAGCCAACGUCCCCGUCCGAGGAGACCUACCGCCGGCAGAGUCUUACGACCUCUGAGCCACAGCACAACCGCCAGCCUACAAGGACAGCAUCAUCAGACCCCAGCAGCCGGCAGUCUUGCUCCCCUCCCCCACCACCAGUUGCCGUACCACUGCUGGAGAUGGGAUUCCCACUGCGCCACAUUCAGCGAGCCAUGGAGGCCACAGGUACCCGAGGAGAUGCAGACACACAGAAUGUUACCCUGCUGGCCACGUGGAUGCUUGAGCACCCAUAUAUGGAGGACGAGGAGACCACCUCGGCUGCAUCGCUGCCUAGUCCUGGCACAGCGGGGGCAUCUGGGGGUCCGGGCUUGUCUGGGGUGGCCUCAACUGCUGCCACAAACCCCAAAAUGGCAGAGCGCAACACCACUCAAGGCAUGUCCUCCAGUGAGACCGCCGAGCUCGAGGAGGGCUUCAGUGAGAGUCCGUUCGAUCAGGUGGAGAGAGGCACCAUGCUGGGUAUUCCUCUGACACGGGUCAGGCCUCCUCCAGCACGCAGACACCGGCUCAACCUCGCUGCGCGCACUCUGCUCGCACGUGCGGCAGGCAUUUACCGCUCGGCGCGAGGUGAGACCGUGAGUGGCAGCGGCAGCGGUGGCGGCAGCGCAGCAAACAGCGGGGCACUUGCACGUGAGGGCGUGACGGCCCCGCAGCGAGGUGACCAAGGCUCGCUCUACGACAUGAGCCUGGAUGAGGAGCUGGACCUCAGCCUUGAUGAGGAAGCAAUGGAGGAGAUGUUUGGUCAGGAUCUGGCCAGUGAGAGCGAGCUGCUGGGGAUGUGGUUCCCGGAGGUACUGGAUUGGCCGACUUGGCACGUGCGCGAGCUGGACGAUCCUGAACAAGUCCUCUGCGAGCUGUGCGACGUCACUACGCCCACGUUCAACCAACACAUGCGGCGCCACCACGCUGGCUGUGGGGGCAGUGCUGAACGGCAGGGCUACCGCAGCAACGGCUCGUACGUGGAUGGCUGGUUCGGAGGGGACUGCGGCACUGGCAAUCCCUACUACCUGCUUUGCAGCCGCUGCCGAGCCAAAUACCUCGCUCUCAAGAGCAAAAAGGGGCUCUCUGGCUCAGGAAGUGGUAAAGGUCGAGCUCUGGACCUAAUUGGCAAGCAGGAAAGUCUCUAUGAAGAAGAUUGGGACCUACUGGAGGUAGAUGAGGAUGACCGCCUCACAGGGCUGGAGGAUUUUGACUUGCUGGCUGCCCCGCUUGGCCUCAAUGAGAGGAAGAUUGUCCCAGAUCCAGUUCAGUUCCCUGACAGUGACCCCCUGGGUGCUUCUGUUGCAAUGGUCACUGCCACAAGCGGCAUGGAAGAGACACUGAUGCAGAUAGGAAUCUUGGGCUCCGUUGAAAAGCAGACCUCUAGCCGUGUGUCCCUGGGGGAACAGGCAGUGAUUCUGCGUGACCCCCAUGAUCGCAUCCUUGCCCUCAAACGUGUGACUGCUGCAGCUCAGAUCUUACUGGCUCGAACUAUGGUCAUGAGGACACUGUCUCUCCUUUCCGUCAGUGGCUCGGCAUGCAGCUUGACGGCAGGGCUGGAGGCCCUGGGCCUCACAGACAUCCGCACGUUGGUGCGCCUCAUGUGUCUUGCGGCCGCUGGAAGGGUGGGCCUGACCACCAGUAGCCCCAGCAGCCCUGAGCACCUACCGGACGGUUGCAGCAUCAUCAGCUCCAAGAUGCACAAGCCCAUCUCCUGCCUGGCGUAUCUCAGCUCUGCCAUCGGCUGCCUCGCUUCAAACAGCCCCAGUGCAGCCAAGCUGCUUGUUCAAUUGUGCACACAGGAUCUUAUUUCGGCAGCAACGGGAAUGAACCUGGCGAUGAUUGAAGAUCCAUCUCAGCGCAAGCGACUGCCCAGCUUUCUGCGUGGUCCAGCAGAGGAGAAUAAGCCUGUGGCCUCACCAAACUUUGUUGUCACUCAGGCCCUAGUUGCCCUUCUUGCUGAAAGAGGUGCCAAGCUGAGACCAGGACCUGACAAGGAGGAGGAAGCCAAAGCGGGUGCAUUGUCGCCUCUGAGUGUGGCUGCUUACUGUGCGAACCCCACUCUAGGUCCUCUGGAGCUGGCGAACGCGCUGGCUGCCUGCUGCCUGUCUGCGCGUCUAUCGUCGCAGCACAGGCAGUGGGCCGCCCAGCAGCUUGUGAGAGCUCUGGCCGCCCAUGAUCGAGACAACCAGACCAGGCCGCAAACCUUUGCAGACAUGACUGGGGACCUGCGCAAAUGCCCCCAGAUGAAGCUUGAAGCUCAUCAAAACAGAGUGACGAGCUGCUGCUGGAGCAACAAGAAGCAGCUCCUGGCUACGAGCGGCAAUGAUGGGACUGUGAGGAUUUGGAGUGUUUCCAAAAACCAGUACACGCUUCAGCAAACCUGCGUCUUUCACAAACUUGAUAAUGAGGCGGAGGAGAGUGCCAGUGGCCUGGGAUCCCCGAGUGACCCACACCUCUCCCAAGUCUGCUGGAGUGUCAGCGGGAAAUAUAUUGCUGCUUCUCUGGACAAGACUGUCAACAUCUGGCCCAUCAAUGGUGGCCGUGGCCACGUGGAUCUACAGCCCUACUGGGUGACUUGCCUGGCGUGGCCUGAUGAGCAGACCGCAUUCGGAGGGCGGGCCAGUCUGUCCGUGGAAAUGCUGCUGAUUGGCCGGCUCGAUGGUUCGCUUGGCCUCAUCGAGGUGGUCGACUCCUCCACCAUAUUCCACCAUUCGGAGCUACAGCACUGCUGCAGAAAGGAUGUGGCCGUUCAUUGCAUCGCGUGGUACUGCGAAGACAAGCCGUUUGCAGUUGGUUAUGCUGAUGGAAAAAUUUUGAUUGGAAAGAAGGGUUCCUUUGAAAAGCCCAGUGUGGUGAUCAUUGAAGCUUAUCAAGAGGCUGUAACGCACAUUAAGUGGGAUCCCAUGGGCAAACUGCUACUUAGCUGCGCUGCCAAAGAGGAAAACGUCAAGAUAUGGGCACAUGGCGACGAGAGUGGAUGGCACUGCCGCUUUCUGUUGCCCCACCCUUCCGUCGUCAACACUGUGGCCUGGAGCAGCUUGCUUGGCAGGGGCCCAAACUCUCGGCUCAUGCUUGCAUCAGGCUGUCAGAGUGGGCUUGUGUGCGUAUGGACGAUCCCACAAAACGCAGACGCCGAAGUGCGAGAGCCUCAAGAAUCAGAAACGAUAUGUGAGGAAAAGCAGAAAAUGGUGAAGGACUGGGUACACAGGAAGGAGGCGGUGCAGUGUGCGUACCGUCUGAAUGGACACAUCACAGCUGUCAAGAUGGUGGCUUUUAGUGCUGAUGGGAUGGUGCUGGCGUCGGGAGGGGUUGGCAGCCUCAUGAACAUCUGGUCUAUGCAGGAUGGGUCAGUGCUGCAGACAGUGGUGUCUGGUUCUGGAUCAAUAACAAGUAUGGUUUGGAUUCCUGAUGUUGGAGUGGCAACAUGUUCCAACCGGUCCAAGGAUGUGUUGGUGGUGAGCUGCAUGGCUGAUUGGGUGUCCAAGCACCAGGUCUUGGCUACUUGCCGCACCGCACUGCGCAGUCAGGGUAUCGUGGGCCUUAGCGCAGCACCCUGCAUGAGGGCCCUGUUGGAGAGGUUGCCCAUCAUGCUGCAGGAACAGUAUCUCCAUGAGAAGCUGUUUGUGGUGUCAGGAGAACAACUGGUACAUAGUGCCUAUAUGCAGUGCCUGGCUUCGUUGGCCGUUGGGCUUAACUUGGAGGUAGUUCUGUGCCGCCCACCGCUUCCUCCCCACCACCGGAGCGUGACUCUGGGUGCCACCCCAGUGGAGGUGGGUGGCAACUGGAACCCCUUGGAGUGGGCCUGGUUGGCCUCCUUUUCCACCACAGUGAAGACAGCCGAAGCGCUGGCACGGAGCUCUGCGUUUCCCGAAACGUUUGUGGUUCCCGAGUUGGAGCACCUCCCGCCUGAGGAGCAGCUCCAGCCACUGGACAACACUAAAUGGAAUGCAUCAAUGGAUGAGCAGAUAAUGGCAUGGGCUACAGCCAAACCAGAGGACUGGCAGCUGGGCGGGAAGUGCGAAGCGUACAUGUGGGGCGGGGGCCGCCACGGCCAGCUGGCAGAGGCUGGUCGGAGUGUUCUGAUACCGACCCUCACGCCCUCCUUCUCGCAGGCACAACAGGUUGUGUGUGGGCAGAACUGCACAUUUGUUGUACAAGCCAAUGGUUCUGUGAUGGCCUGUGGAGAAGGCAGUUAUGGACGACUAGGACAAGGAAAUUCUGAUGAUCUGCACACUUUAACAGUCAUUUCAGCUCUGCAAGGGUUUGUGGUGACUCAGCUGUCAACAUCGUGUGGCUCCGAUGGCCACUCCAUGGCCCUGACAGAGAGUGGAGAGGUUUUCAGCUGGGGCGAUGGUGAUUAUGGGAAACUGGGCCACGGCAAUAGUGACCGUCAACGGCGACCCCGUCAGAUCGAGGCCCUCCAGGGAGAGGAGGUUGUCCAGCUUUCCUGUGGUUUCAAGCACUCUGCUGUGGUCACAGCUGAUGGAAAGUUGUUCACGUUCGGAAACGGUGAUUAUGGCCGACUUGGCCACGGCAAUACAUCCAACAAGAAGCUGCCCGAGAAGGUGACCAGUCUCGAUGGACAACAGGUUGGGCAGGUGGCAUGUGGCUUAAAUCAUACCCUGGUUGUUUCAAACGAUGGCAUGACUGUCUGGGCUUUUGGUGAUGGAGACUAUGGGAAGCUUGGUUUGGGGAACUCCACUGCAAAGUCUUCACCGCAGAAAGUGGAUGCCCUAUGUUCUAUUGGAAUGAAAAAGGUUUGCUGUGGGACCCAGUUCUCUGUUGCCCUUACAAAGGAUGGGCGAGUCUUCACCUUUGGCCAAGACCGCCUGAUAGGCCUACCAGAGGGGAGGGCCAGAAAUCACAACCGGCCUCAGCAAGUGCCAGCUUUGGCAGGCAUCUUUGUGGAGGACGUGGCCGUGGGUGCUGAGCACACACUCGUUCUGGCUUCGACAGGGGACGUCUACGCCUGGGGAAGCAACUCGGAGGGCCAGCUCGGACUGGGACACACAAACCCUGUGCGUGAGCCAACGCUGGUGACCGCACUGCAGGUGAAGAAUGCCCGGCAGAUCGCAGCCGGGCGCUGUCACAGCGCAGCGUGGACAUCGCCUCCUGUCUGUCCCAGAGCUCCAGGAACGCCCGUGGCACUGCAGUUAGGGCAACCUGAGUGUGUGCCACCUCAGUACAACUCUCUGCGGGAGUGCAGCGUCGAGGCCAUCCGUGCUCGCCUGCGGGUUCUCUACCACUUCUCUGACCUCAUGUACACUUCAUGGAGGCUCAUCAACCUCUCCCCCAAUAUUCAGUUCAACACAUCGCGAUACAACGCCGGUGCAUGGGGGAUAGUGCAGGGUCAGCUGAGGCCACUACUGGCACCACGCGUCUACACCCUGCCCAUGGUUCGCUCCAUUGGCAAGACCAUGGUGCAGGGCAAGAACUAUGGGCCACAGAUCACAGUCAAGCGCAUCUCUACCAGGGGACGGAAGUGCAAGCCCAUCUUUGUACAGAUCGCUCGGCAGGUGGUGAAGUUAAGUGCGUCAGACCUGCGGCUGCCCUCGCGUGCCUGGAAGGUGAAACUGGUUGGGGAGGGAGCAGAUGAUGCUGGUGGAGUAUUUGAUGACACCAUUACCGAGAUGUGCCAGGAGUUGGAGACUGGUGUUGUGGACCUUCUUAUUCCAACCCCAAACUCUGCUGCAGAAGUUGGUUACAACAGAGACAGGUUCAUUUUUAAUCCGUCAGCAAGUCUGGAUGAGCACCUUCUGCAGUUCAAAUUCUUGGGUAUCCUGAUGGGUGUGGCAAUGCGCACAAAGAAACCACUGGACCUGCACCUGGCUCCCAUGGUGUGGAAGCAGCUGUGCUCCAUCCCGCUUGGGCUGGAGGACCUCGAGGAGGUCGAUCUGCUGUACGUGCAGAGCCUAUGUAGCAUAUUGCACAUUGAGGACAGUGGCAUCACCGAGCUCAACUUCCACGAGAUGAUUCCUCUGGACUCGUUUGUGGGACGAAGUGCGGAUGGAAAAGUGGUACCAAUCGUACCAGGGGGGAAUAGUAUCCCUGUCACCUUCUCUAACCGGAAGGACUAUGUGGAGCGAGCCAUAGAGUGCAGGAUGCAUGAAAUGGACCGACAGGUUGCAGCGGUGCGCGAGGGCAUGUCGUGGAUCGUCCCCGUUCCGCUGCUGUCGCUGCUGACGGCAAAGCAACUGGAGCAGAUGGUGUGCGGAUUGCCCGAGAUCUCGGUGGAGGUGCUGCGCAAGGUGGUGCGCUACCGGGAGGUGGAUGAGCAGCACCAGCUCAUCCAGUGGCUCUGGCAGACGCUGACAGACUUCUCCAAUGAGGAGCGCGUCCUCUUCAUGCGCUUCGUGUCGGGACGCUCGCGCCUGCCUGCCAAUCUGGCUGACAUCUCGCAGCGCUUCCAGAUCAUGAAGGUCGAUCGGCCGUUUGACAGCCUCCCCACCUCGCAGACCUGCUUCUUCCAACUGCGCCUGCCUCCCUACUCCAGCCAGACCGUCAUGGCCGAGCGGCUGCGUUACGCCAUCAACAACUGCAAGUCCAUCGACAUGGACAACUACAUGCUCUCACGCAACGCUGACAAUGCCGAUGGCUCCGACACGGACUACUGAGCGUAAAGAGACGCAUUCCCUCCUGGGCUGGUGGCGCUUUUCUGCAAAGCAACCAGCUCUCCUACCCCUUUCUACAAUUCUUACGUUUGUUGCAUUAUAUCCACAGACUACUGAUGUUUGGACUGUUGUAUAUCCACCCAUCCACCAUGCUGGCUCAACGUUAACAGUAUAAAGUGAUUAAGGUUAAUGUCCACCUGAGUCACUUGUUAAUUUUUAGCAGCAGCCUUCUGGGGGAGUUUCUAUUGUUUUUAUUUUCAUUGCAACCACCUUUGUAUGGAAUUGUAGAUCUUUGUACAUGUAAAGUGUUUUAAACAAAAUGUGUACUCCGAUCGUAACGAAAGAGGUGAAUAACCUUGCGUUAAAUAUUUUCCCUUAUGACCGUGGAUUUGUGUCUUGUGUUCUUUCAGACAUUUGCGUUGUGGUUUUUUUUAUGAAUGCUAUGCUGUGCAUAUAAUGAGUCACUGGUUUAUUGCUUCUAAAUCAGAAAAGAAACAGUGACUGAGCCUGGUGAUGGUGCUGUGCUAUACCAUUGUGCAUAUUCACGUGAAGUGCACGUGUUAUUUCCAACAAAAGAAACUGAGCCACUUAUUUUUAAGUUUCUUAAUUUUUAUUUACGCAUGGAAAACACAUCGUUAUACAAUCUAUAUUGAAAGUUGUCUUAAUCGCACAAUUAACAUUCUAACUUUAUACCGAGGUUCAUGUCAUUUAGAAACAAGAUUACUUUGGAAAAGUGCUGAUGGAUAAUUAUAGUAUUAAAUAUUUAAAGUAAUAUAAAGUUUGGCGACUUAUUCACCACACAAUUACAGAGCAUAAAAAGUACAAAGAUUUGGAAGUCAAAGGUGCAUUACAAUUUUUUUUACUGUAAAUGUUAUUUUUAGACAAGCAUGUCACUUCGCAGUGGCUUCCCUUUCACGAAUUAAUUUUCCAUGCGAUAUGUACAUUUGUGUAUGAAAACAUCGAAAGCAGGGAGGACGAGCACAAUCUCCCUAAUUUGACAUUUAUUUUUAAAAUAUUUAUUUCAAUCUUCCAUUCUUCUGUUUGUCACCCAUCACAAAAGCUGGGCGUGUGAUUUAUGCCAAACGGACACAAUAAAUGCAGCAUUCAUUCUGUU